AUGUUUCUGAGCUUCCACAUAGUUGCUUGGAAAUGUGCGGAAUACCUCCAUCCGAACAUUUACGUUUCUUGCAGUCGUUGCGCGAUAGAUCUUGGGCGUCCGUCCCAUCUCUCAAUCUGCUCGUCCGAUUUGCAUUCUGCUUCGACCAAACUUCUUAGAAUGGUCUCUUAUGUCGUCCAAACUCUUCUCUUCUUGAUUUGGAGAACUUUGAUAUUUCGUCCGUCGGACUCUUCCCAUGUUCGUACAAUGAUCGUCCCACCUGGACAAUCUUGUUGUAUCUUCAGUUCUGCUCGAUCGUUCUUGAUCCUGUCUUGA